CUUACCAUGUUGGGCCGUGCAGGAAGCCCAGCUUCGUUUACUUGGCCCGCUGGAGAAUCGACUGACUCACAAUCAACUCAUCGUGCACUGCUCGUGCGUGGCCGGGUUUUUCAAGGCACUGAGGUGCUCCACUGGCAGACCGUGGCUUCAGAGCUUUGGAAGGUGCCGCUGGAUCUUCCACAGCUCCGCAAUUAUUUCUCCAGAUGCAGCGGCUCCUUCUGGGCCGCCUAUGUGUGCGUUGCACAGGGAGAUCUCUGCGUCUUCGCGGUGUCAGACACGGUGGGGGUGGUGCCUAUGUGGCUCGCCCUGGGGGAGGGAUUCAUCUUGCUGUCUCCCUACUGGCCAUCAGAACAGGUACCACUGAGCAACCUGAGUUGCAACCUGCACCUGGCCAUCGGUUGGCGCCAGGCAUCUCCCAGGUUGAUGCACCAAUGGUCUGCUAGUGGUGGGUUAGAGGCUUCCAUGCCUGAUCACUUUUUUGGGCUACACGGGAGAAAGCUGGAGCUGGAGAUGGCUGAAGCCAAGAGAGGGGAAGAGGAGAUGACCCUUCAACUGCGCGAAGCUCUGAUCCAAGCAGUGCGACGAUGUGUCGCGGGGGAGGAACAUGUGGGACUUUUGUUCAGUGGUGGUUUAGACUCUGGGCUUCUUGCAUGGCUCUUUACGGAAGAACUUGCCCCAUGCAGAUGCUCGUGCUACACGGUGGGAUUUCACAUGGAGGAUAAGAAGAUCAAAAACAA